UUGACAGUCUGAUAACGCUCACCAGAAACCGAGGCUCAGUAUAUCGUGCGCAACCGAACAAUUCCCCAUAAAACAGGAUUUUCACUAUUUUAUGAUAUUCCCAGUGAAUACCACAGGUGUCUGUAUGAGAUUUGACAAGUUGGAGAAGCUCGAGGUGGUGAUAAACAGGAUCGAAGAUUUUUUGGCGAAGGGAAGUGUCGACCUCGACUUCAAGAUUAAGAAGUUUACGAAGAGAGAAAUUUACGAACUGAUCUUCGAUCGUUGUGACGGGUGUUGCAAAAUGGCUGCUGUACCUCAGGGUGCUUUCGCCGUCCGUAAAGUGCGAGAAACUCACGAACGGAAUAUUUUAUUUGUGAAAAUGGAGAAGAAGGAAGGCGAUGACCGAGAUCACCGCGGCGGUGGCUUCAAGAAGAACUUGACGGAAGGUCGUGAGCUGACUCCUCUAAAGUACAACAGUAAAUUAAUGAACAGCAUUUGGGGACUUUACAACCGUUACUCAGUUCAUAAUUUCAAGAAGAAUACUGAUCCCGAGGGUGACGUUGAGGCGACGGUGUUCACGGCGGCCUGGGGAAGUUUUUUCGAGCGUGAAACUUCUGCAGCCGCGACUUCAGCCGAAGUCGUGGCCAAUGCCGCCGCGAAACACUGACGAGGUGAUGAGUCAUCACCGAAUUUCAUUAGUUGAAAAACUAAUGAGGACAUGGAGGAGACGAGGGCAGUGCGUGGGAUCAAUAGCAUCGGAAUAUUGGAAUUUCUGUAUUUUGCGAUUGUUAUCGGACCUGCUCGAUGCACCUUGUCACAUGUGAUAAUAAAUUUUGAUAAAAACAGGAA